AUGUUAAGAAAUAAGUUUUAUGUCUAUUUAAAUAAUAAUGAAUUCGUUUAUAAAACAAUAGAUGAUAAUAAUUUUAAUAUUUUAAACAUCCUAAAUAAAAAUGUGAAUUCAAAUAAUACUUGUUUAAUAGUAAUUGAUAUGUUGAAUAUAUUUGUACGUAAAUCAGGUGAUUUGUAUCAUGAAAACUAUAAAAAAAUGAUACCAGGUAUUAAUAGAAUGAUAUCGUUAUCAAGAGAAAAUAACAUGCCAAUUAUAUUUUUACAACAUUCAUAUAGGGAUAUGGAUAAGCCAGAUAGACUAUUACAGGUUUUCAAAGUAGAAAAUUUAUUAAUUGGUUCCUUUGGUGUUCAGAUUUAUAAAAAGUUAGAUGUGCAACAUGGAAAAGACUACAUUAUACAGAAACGUAGAUAUAGCGGGUUCUUUGGUACAGAUCUAGAUUUAAUACUCAGGGAAAAUCACAUAGAAAAUCUAAUUGUUGUGGGCUGUAAAACAAACAAUUGCGUUAGGGCUUUGGUUCAAGAUGCAUUCAAUUUAAACUACAACACCAUAAUUCCUCACAAUUUAAUCACAACUGAUGACGACCUAAUUCACCAAGUCAAUUUAAAAGAUAUGAUUGAUUUUUUUUCAAUAAACUAUAUUAGUGAAGAAAAAAUCAAAGAAUUAUUAAAAAACAAAUAA